ACAAAAGUUUGGUGGGCAAUUUGGCGGGAAUUUAUAAAUAAAAUGGCGUCCAAAGCUAAAGAAAGUGAAGCUUUAGAGAAAGUUUUCAAGUACAUGAAAGAUCAAAACAGACCGUACAGUGCAGGUGAUGUUUUCAGUAACAUGCACAAGGAAUUCAACAAGCCUUGUGUACAGCGUGUACUAGACCAACUGGUAUCAAAUGGAAAAGUAAAAGAAAAGACAUACGGGAAGCAGAAAGUGUAUGUGGUUGAUCAGGGGCUAUUUCCAGUCAUUAAUGAGUCAGAGAUAGCAAAAAUGGACGAUGAAAUCCGAACACUACAAGAAAGCAUAGCAGUACAAGAGAGCGAAUGUUCUGCCAUGGAAGCAAAGUUGAGUGCUUUAAAGAAUUCAUUGACAUUGCAAGAAGCAAAAGAGAAAUUGGAAGAAACAGAGAAAGAGUGUACAAAGCUUAAUGAAAGGCUACAAGUUGCCAAAGCAGGUAGUGAGAACAUAACUCCUGAAGUAGUUGAAAAGGUUCACACUGAACACAAAGCAGCUGUUACCCACUGGAGGAAGAGAAAGAGACUGGCCAUGGAUAUUGUCAAUACUAUAUUAGAAGACUUUCCAAGAUCAAAGAAGGAACUACUGGAAGAGGUUGGUUUGGAGACAGAUGAAGAUUGUGGUGUUUCAAUACCAUCAACUACCACUUGAAAAAAUUAUACUCUACAUGUAUAUACACUUUCACUAUUCACAUUAUUAAAAUUGACAGUUAUAAUAACAUAAUAAUAAUAAUAAUAAUAAUAAUAAUAAGCUAUAAAAAGCCCCACAAUAAAGGCACAAAUUAAAA